AUGUCUGGAGGAGGCAAGGAUCGGAUCGCUGUUUUCCCAUCUCGAAUGGCUCAGUCGGUCAUGAAGAUACGUCUGAAGGGAGCCCAAAAAGGUCAUUCACUUCUGAAGAAGAAGGCUGAUGCCUUAAACAUGCGUUUCCGUGACAUCCUUAGAAAGAUUGUCGAGAAUAAAGUCCUCAUGGGUGAGGUCAUGAAGGAAGCUUCUUUCUCGCUGGCUGAAGCGAAAUUCACAGCUGGAGACUUCUCGCAUACAGUCAUUCAAAACGUCUCACAAGCCCAAUAUCGCGUUCGCAUGAAGAAAGAAAACGUUGUAGGAGUUAUGCUUCCUGUAUUCGAAGCUUCGGCAGAGGGACCCGAUGCUUACGAUCUUACUGGACUCGGAAAGGGAGGAGCCAACAUCACAAAACUCAAGAAAAACUAUAACAAAGCUAUUGAACUGCUCGUGGAGUUGGCCACUCUUCAAACAUGUUUCAUCACUUUGGACGAGGCUAUCAAAGUCACCAAUAGAAGGGUGAACGCCAUCGAACACGUGAUCAUACCUCGUAUUGAAAACACGAUCAAUUAUAUUGUGACGGAGUUGGACGAAAUGGAAAGAGAGGAAUUCUUCAGAAUGAAAAAGAUUCAAGCGAACAAGAAGAAGCAGAAGGAAAUCGAGUUAGCAGAACGUGCCGCUGCAGGCAUUGACAUUGCGUAUAACGAUGAUACAGAAAAUUAUCAGCCAAAAAAUCUGUUAGCCGUGCAAGAUGAAGAUCCGAUAUUAUUCUAG